AGUAGGAAGGUAUUUCUGGUUAUAAAAGGCUGAGACGCCAAAACAAGAGCCCUUCUUUUUCGUAUGAUGGUGUCGGGUCCUCAUACACGAGCUCUCUCUCACCGCCAUUGCUUUUCCUUCUUCUUCCCGGACCACACCCAUUCCCCUUAAAAACUGGCUCCUUUACCAUGGCUGAUACGCAAUCAGUUGCUACGCUCAUCGAGUUUACAACUUCUAAGAUACAACAACUUCAGCAAGCAUUUGCUGAACUUGAAAGCCAUAGUGCCAUAUCUCUGAAUCUGAAAUGGAAAGAACUUGAAGAACAUUUUCAUGGGUUAGAGACUUCAUUAAAAAAGAGAUUUCAUGAGUUGAAAGAUCAGGAGAAAGAGUAUCAAAUCAGGGCUUCCGAGGCUCAGGAGAUGUUGGAGAAGCGCGAAGCCAUGGUUAUGGCUAAAGAGCAAGCUUCAUUAGAGCUUCUACAGGAGAAAAGAGAUGCUGCUCUCUCUGCUAUCGGGGACACACUCGAGAAAUACAAGAAGGCAGCAUCAGAGCCUGUUGCUAAUGGUAUGAGCAAUGGCAACGCGGAUGUUAUUGUGGAAGAUAAGCUGGACAUGAAGGAUACUGAAGCCAGCCCAGGAGAUACAAAGCCUGCCGUAAAUGGCAAUGUGGAAGUCAAGCCUCGUCCUCAGUUGGUGAAACUGUGUGAAGAAAUGGAUGCAAAGGGUCUCCACAACUUUAUUUCAGACAACCGUAAAAACCUUGCUGUGAUACGGGAGGAGAUGCCAUUUGCAUUAAAGAGUGCAACAGACCCAGUCUGCUUGGUUUUGGAUUCUUUGGAAGAUUUUUACCGCAUGGAAAUCCCAUCACUGGAUGGGAAGAGGGAUGCAACCCUUUUGGGCCUCCGCAGAACUUGUAUCAUGUUGAUGGAGUCUCUCGUUUCAUUGCUAACGGGCAUUGAGUCAGAUUCUGUAAUCUCAUCGGAUGUUAAAAAGCAAGCGAAAAAAAUUGCUGACGACUGGAAGCCAAAGUUGGACAUUCUUGACACCGAUUCCAGCAGUGGGAACUCUUUGGAAGCUCAUGCUUUUCUGCAGCUUUUAGCCACUUUUGGCAUUGCUUCUGAAUUCGAUGAAGAUGAGAUAUGCAAACUCAUACCAACUGUUUCCCGACGCCGUCAAACAGCUGAUCUAUGCCGCUCACUCCGUCUGUCAGGGAAAAUGCCAGGGGCGAUUGAAGUACUGGUAAAUAGCGGAAGGCAACUUGAGGCUGUUAACCUGGCAUUUGCAUUUGAGCUCACGGAGCAGUUUGCUCCCGUGCCAUUGCUGAAGUCUUACUUGAAGGAAGCAAGGAAAGCUUCACAGGUGAAACCCGGAAACACAUCGCCAGGUGCCCAGAAUGAAGCAAAUGACCGAGAGCUCUCUGCUCUCAAGGCCGUCGUCAAGUGCAUUGAAGAACAUAAGCUUGAGGAACAGUACCCUGUCGACCCACUUCAGAAGCGGAUUCUCCAGCUGGAGAAGGCCAAGGCCGACAAGAAAAGGGCAGCCGAAGCUGCAAAGCCACAAUCCAAGAGGCCCCGCGCCAACGGAGGCAGUUACGGGCCCCGCAUCAUCACUAACAUCCCCGACAAGAGCUUCUACAGAGUGCCCGAAAGAUACCCAUACAUGUACGACAGGCCAUACAUGUAUGCCCCCGAAAACCAUGGUUCGCCGCUGCUGGCUCCAGCAGCUCCCUACAACAUCUCACCCAGCCAUGGAAGCUAUUACGGAAAUGGGUAUCAGUAUGCAGCCCCAUACAUACACUAGUGGUGGAAGAGGCGGCAAUGGCGGAGUUUGGGAUUGUUUACUUGUUAGUAACAGGUAGGUUUUUAACCCCCUUUGGAUGUUGUUAGUGUACUUGAACGUGUUUGGACAGACUUGAGUAUUUCAGAGCUGGGAAGCUUUUGUUGUUAUGUUGUAAGUGUUUGUGGGAUUGUGUGAGUUGGGAAGCAAAUGCUGCUGAUCUUCUCUAACAAACAGCUUAUAUCUAUCGUUUCUAAUGUCUA